GGGAAGAAGAAAUACAGAUCGCAGGAUUGCUUUGUUCUCAUUUCGGAUAUCUUCUGGUUGGGUGUGAAUAUCUUCAGAUCGGGAAUGGGGAAGAUGGCGUAUCUAGCAAUGAAGACUGACAGCGAAAAUCUGAUCGCAUCCGAUUUCAAGGAGAUUGGAAUCGCUGCGAAGAAGCUCGCCAAUGACGCUAUCAAGCUCGGCGGCCUCGGCUUCGGUACCACCUUCCUCAAAUGGGUUGCUGCCUUUGCCGCCAUAUAUUUGUUGAUCUUGGAUCGAACAAACUGGAAGACAAACAUGUUGACUUCCCUUUUAGUCCCUUACAUUUUCUUUACUCUGCCUUCAAUCUUGUUCAACGUGCUAAGGGGAGAGGUUGGAAAAUGGAUUGCCUUCAUUGCCGUUGUAUUGCGGCUCUUCUUUCCUCGACACUUCCCAGACUGGUUAGAGAUGCCUGGAUCGUUGAUUCUUCUUCUGGUGGUUGCACCGAGCCUUUUUGCCCACACAUUCAGGGAUGGCCUGGUGGGUAUCAUUAUAUGCCUGUUCAUCGGCUGUUACCUGCUGCAAGAGCACAUCCGAGCAUCUGGCGGGUUCCGGAACGCCUUCACUAAGAGCCAUGGCAUCUCUAACACCAUCGGCAUCGUCCUCUUGUUUGUCUACCCUGUCUGGGCCCUGGUACUUCAUUUCCUCUGAGUGUCUUCUGCAGCCGAACCUAUGCCUUCUUAUUUUCUGGUUUGCAACCUGCGUGUUUUUGUUGUUGUUGUUGUUGUAGUACUUUUAGCCCAGCACUAGAUGCAGUUUAACAUUGUAUGCAAACCAUGAUGCUAAAAGUAUGGUAUUAUUUGGUGGGCCA